GCCUAGCCUAGCUGAUAUCAUGAAUGAAGCCUGUGAAAACUCAAGCAAAUGAUUCAGCUGAGCCAUAUCCAGACUUCUGAUCCAUGGAAACUUUCUCUAUCAAGAUCAGUGCACAUCAUUGAAAAGAAAAUUUUGAAGACAUGUUUUGCUGAAAAGACAACUGAGAAACAUCUUACGAAUGGGAUGAACACGCACCAGUUAAUUGACUACCUACUGAAAUUUGAAUGUUAACAUUACCUGCCUGGUACAGUUACCUAGUGAUGUACCUAUUCUCACCAUACCCUACUUCAGUGUGCUUGUCUUGAUUAAAGAAUUCAAAGUGGAGUACCGCAAACUUGAUAUGGAUAAUAAAAAGAAAGACAAGGACAAAUCAGAUGAUAGAAUGGCACGACCUAGUGGUCGGUCGGGACAUAACACUCGAGGACCUGGGUCUUCCUCCUCUGGAGUUUUAAUGGUUGGACCUAACUUUAGAGUUGGAAAAAAAAUUGGAUGUGGCAAUUUUGGAGAAUUACGAUUAGGGAAAAAUUUAUAUACAAAUGAAUAUGUGGCAAUUAAACUGGAACCCAUGAAAUCCAGAGCACCACAGCUACAUUUGGAAUAUAGAUUCUACAAGCAGUUAGGAUCUGGAGAUGGUAUACCUCAAGUUUACUAUUUUGGCCCUUGUGGUAAAUACAACGCUAUGGUGCUGGAACUGCUGGGACCUAGUUUGGAAGAUUUGUUUGAUUUGUGUGAUAGAACAUUUUCUCUUAAAACAGUUCUCAUGAUAGCUAUCCAACUGAUUUCUCGUAUGGAAUAUGUUCAUUCAAAGAACUUGAUAUACAGAGAUGUAAAACCUGAGAACUUCUUAAUAGGACGACCAGGAAAUAAAACCCAGCAAGUUAUUCAUAUUAUAGAUUUUGGUUUGGCGAAGGAAUAUAUUGAUCCAGAGACAAAGAAACACAUACCAUACAGAGAGCACAAAAGCCUUACAGGAACAGCUAGAUACAUGAGCAUAAAUACACAUUUAGGAAAAGAACAAAGUAGAAGAGAUGACUUAGAAGCUUUAGGUCAUAUGUUCAUGUAUUUUCUUAGAGGCAGUCUUCCUUGGCAAGGUUUAAAGGCUGACACAUUAAAAGAGAGGUAUCAGAAAAUUGGAGAUACAAAACGAGCCACACCCAUAGAAGUGUUAUGUGAAAAUUUUCCAGAAGAAAUGGCAACAUAUCUUCGUUAUGUAAGAAGGCUAGAUUUUUUUGAAAAACCAGACUAUGACUACCUAAGAAAGCUUUUCACUGACUUGUUUGAUCGAAAGGGAUAUCUGUUUGAUUAUGAAUAUGACUGGAUGGGUAAACAGUUGCCUACUCCAGUGGGGGCAGUUCAGCAAGAUCCUGCUCUGUCAUCAAACAGAGAAGCACAUCAACACAGAGAUAAGAUGCAACAAUCCAAAAAUCAGUCGGCAGACCACAGGGCAGCUUGGGACUCCCAGCAGGCAAAUCCCCACCAUUUGAGAGCUCACCUUGCAGCAGACAGACAUGGUGGCUCGGUACAGGUUGUAAGUUCUACAAAUGGAGAGUUAAACACAGAUGACCCUACUGCAGGACGGUCAAAUGCACCCAUCACAGCCCCUACGGAAGUAGAAGUGAUGGAUGAAACCAACUGCCAGAAAGUGUUGAACAUGUGGUGCUGCUGUUUUUUCAAACGAAGGAAAAGGAAAACCAUACAGCGCCACAAGUGACUCUGGAGACAGGCAGAUCAUGGGGAGUUACUUGCGUGUUCAUCUUCUGUCUUGUGAUGAAAAUCAUCUCUGUAGUGACCACAUAUGUUUUCAAGGACUCACUCUUAGAAACAAAAAUGUCAUACUUUCAUACUUCAUUGUGUGGUUGUCUUACAUUCACGUUUUUUUUCUAAUUUAACUAUUAUGGAAGCUUUAACGUUUUGUCAAAACAUGAGUGCUUUGCCCAUCAGUGAAUGGAAUGGACCAAUGAGGUAGGACUGGUCAAAAUAGUCCUAGAGAACAUUUUCAGAAGCUCUCCUCCUGCCACGGAAAGCAGUACAGUAUCUUAAAUGUCAACCAGUUAAUAUACCUGAUCUGGUCUUUUAUAACUCAUGUAAGAGCAUAAUCAAACAGGAAUUUUCUCCCCUGUGGUAACACAACAAAGGAAACAGAGUUGCCCAAAUAUUUGAAGAAGGUAAUUCUUGAGAAAUUCAUUUUUGGUGUGACAUCUGCAUUGAUACCAGUAUUACUGAUGGUACUGCUAUUUGUGAGUCAUACUAAAAUUCUCUCUGAAAUCAUGGUACAGUCACUGCCCAGAGGUACUGAGGAAAAAGCUCUAUGUGUUUGGCAGAUGGUAGUUGUAAAAUGAAUAACAAGUAAUGUGGUAAUUAUGAGUUCUGCUUUUUAAAAAUUUUUUAAAUUAUUUAUUGCUUUGAGAGAGAGGGGGAGAAAGAAACAUUGACUUGU